AUGAUCCGGAGUGACAAUGCUCACCUCAGCGUUUACAAGAUGAUGACCCAAUCCUACCUGUCUCGAGACGAUGGAGAGCGUCUGCUUCGAUUCUUCACCCGCAAGUCGAAACCGACAGGCGUCAAGCUGGACAUAUACGUCCGUGGUGAUGAGCAUACGGUCGGGGGUGACCCGUACCGCGAUCUCAGAUUCAAAAUACGGAUUACCCUUCAUGUGUACAAGCCCAUCUACAUCAACAAAGCUCGAGUGCUUAAUGGAAUUGAGAACACUGCGAACGGCCCUGUGUUCGCUUUUAUUGACAAGAAGACAGGCAAACCCGCAUUCGCCUUAACACUUGACAUUUGGUUCGUCGACGACCUCGAAGCCAGGAAAGCCUUGGCUGCGGUGAACGACGAAGAGCUCAAAGAGUCGAACUUCGUGGUCUUGAAGCCGGGAAAAGACAACGCCGUUGACGUCCCAGCACAAAUUGACGUGCGUGGGCUUCUUGGUGAAGACCUUGAUCAGUGGCGGAACAGGAGGUUGCAAAUCAAAGUGCUUGAAGACGAACGGUUCAGAGACGUGCCCUUUCGAUCAAGACCGUCAUGGACUUACAUUGCCCGUGCCAUUGCUACGAGCGUCCAUCACCUGCGGAGGAAUACUCCCCCCCCCCCAAGACUGGGUUGGAUUGUAUUGUUGUAA